UACGUACACAAUGUCAUUACAUGUACUGCACUGCAGCAAUGAAUCAACAAUCAUUAGUUCUUUCGUCUUGAAAAUAAGCCGCACCGAACGUAUGACGUAGACUAUAAUAAUAAACACAGAGAAGGCUAAAAAGAAGAUGAUUCAAUACGUGCUACUGUUCAGUCGCCAGGGGAAGGUCAGGCUACAAAAGUGGUACCAGGCCUUUCAAGUGAGAGAAAAGAAAAAGAUACAGCGAGAGCUCGUCUCAACCAUCCUCGCCAGGAAGUCUAAGAUGUGUAACAUCCUAGAAUACAAGGAUCAGAAGAUAGUGUACAAGAGGUAUGCCAGCCUCUACUUUUGCUGUGCCAUUGACGCUGAUGACAAUGAGUUGAUUGUGCUGGAGAUACUGCACAGAUAUGUGGAGCUUCUGGACAAGUACUUUGGCAGUGUUUGUGAACUAGACAUUAUCUUCAACUUUGAGAAGGCAUAUUUCAUGCUGGAUGAGCUACUGGUAGGUGGUGAGAUCCAGGAGUCCAGCAAAAAGAACAUCAUUAGAGCAAUCACAGCACAGGACCUGCUGCAGGAGGAAACAGAAAAUCCUAAGAGUUCUCAGACUUUGUUAGAAGAAAUGGGACUGGCAUAGCUUGUUUCGCUUGUUUUCAAUACAUGAUAGUGAACAUUAACAUUAUUAUUUUUAUUAUGUGUGUGUACUUGUAGACUGACGAGCAAGCAAGAGUUCUUGAAGAGUUCAACCUCCUAUGAACUUUUACAAUAGCUGCUUAUAGUAUGUGAGCAUUUGUAUUAUGAGUUCAUUUAUGAUGUCUAUCUAAAUUCCAUUAAUUUGUCAUUUUUGUCAUUGUC